AUGUCCGACGACGUUGUCCUAGCCAUUCCUGACCUCUCACUUGCACAGAAUCUCUUCACUAUUUCCAGCCCUUCGCUGGCCCGUUACCACGAUGAAGCCCGAAAAGCCUUGCUCGAUGGUGUCAAGGCCAACGAAAUGGGGCCAUGGUAUCGGUCGUUGACCCAAGUUUCGUCACCAGACUCUCCACUAUCAUCCUCGUCAACCUCCCAGACAUCAUCCGUCAUUCCGUUAGACGCGACACUUCUGGCUGAACUGGAUGAAAAGAACAAGUCUGCGCUGGAAAAACUCGACGAGCGUCUCAAACACGCGCAGGAGACUGAAGGAGAGUCUGAGAUCAGCGAUGCCCUGAGGGGUCGUGCAAACUACUUGACCAAAAUCGGCGACAAGGACGCGUCAGCGGCUCAGCUGCUCGCUUUUGAGAAGACGCCUGGCUUAGGUUCACGGAUUGACAUCGCACUCACACUUGUUCGGAUUGCUUUCUUCUGGGGAAAUCGCGAAGACAUCAUCAAAUAUCUGAGCAAAGCAGAGACGCUCAUAGACGAAGGUGGUGAUUGGGACAGACGCAAUCGACUGAAAGUCUACCGCGGGCUUUACCUACUUUCCAUCCGGCAGUUUAAAACUGGGGGCGACUUGUUCAUUGAUGCCUUGUCCACUUUCACCGCAACAGAACUCAUUAGCUAUAAUGACUUUGUGGGUAUGACAGUCAUCGCUGGUGUUCUUGGGCUUUCUCGUGUGGAUCUCAAGAAAAAGAUAAUCGCCUCUUCGGAAGUGAACCAGGUGCUUCCGGAGAUUCCUCUUCUCGGCGAGCUCAUGAACAACCUCUACGCCUGUCACUACGAUAAGUUUUUCGUCGCGUUAGCCGAAUUGGAACAAACGCAUCUGCUUCCGUCUCGAAUUCUGGCUCCUCACACGCGGUUUUACGUCCGAGAGAUGCGAAUACUUGCCUACACCCAAUUGCUAGAGAGCUAUCGGAGUCUUACGCUUGAAAGCCUCAGUGGAGCAUUCGGUGUUAGUGUCGAGUUCAUUGACAAUGAAAUUUCACGCUUCAUCGCUGCUGGUCGUUUGCACUGCACGAUCGACAAAGUCCACGGGACCGUUGACACGACAAGACCACUGAAGAAGAACGCGCAGUAUGAGACGGUAAUAAAGCAGGGGGACAUCUUGCUGAACGAGGUUCAGAGAUUGGCCAAGGUUCUGUACUAA